AUGCUGGCGGUUCUGUCGACUUGUCUUGUGGUUCGAGGUGUGUGGAAAGCUGCAUCGGUGGUCCGUGCCUGUACCAAGGUUCGCCUCAGCGACAUGGUGGCUCUCAUAAGGGGGGUAUUGUUCGAUAACACUUGGGUGCAUGAUGAAAAUCAAGUGGCAAUGUUGGUUGGGUGUCGAAUGCCAGGGAAUGGAGUGGAGGUGGGAAGGUCUGCGGGGCUCGCGUGCUUCAGCCAGCAAGGACGUCGUUCGGGCAGAUGUAGAUAUGAGACGGAAGGCGUGUUGGCGUUUAAGCAGGCGUGCCACCCGUAUGCUCUCCUCACCGAGAUUGUGGCUCUGCGAAGGCUGACAUUGCACGAUGUUACUUGGGUGCAUGAUGAAAAUCAAGUGGCAAUGUUGGUUGGGUGUCGGCUGCCAGUGAAUGUAGUGGAGGUGGACAGGCAAGGACGUCGUUUGGGCAGAUACCUUCGUGAGCUGGAAGGCGUGUUGGCGUUUGAGCUGGCGUGUCACCCGCGUGUGUGCCUGAUUGGCGAUG